GUCCUCGUCGCCCACAUCGUCUCAUUUUCGCGUCCCAGCUAUGGCGCGCAACCCUGUUGUUCUCAUCACCGGCGCAUCCAAAGGACUCGGCCUCGCAGCUACGACAAUUCUGCUCGCCGAAUUUCACGCCAACGUCAUCGCUCUCUCACGCACAGAGACUCCUGAGCUCGCCGAUCUGCGCAAUGCUCAUCAGAACGCGCUCAUAAUUGUCAAAGGCGACGUGACUGACGAAACCGUGGUCUCGGAAGCUGUCACCACUGCUCUCAAGGCCUUCCAGCAUAUCGACAGUCUCAUACUGAACGCCGGGAUCUUGGACCCGCUUGGUAGAGUUGACGCCCCCGAUAUUCCGCUUGCUGCAUGGAAAUCGCACUUCGAUGUGAACUUUUUCUCCCUGAUUACGGCUCUGAGGGCAACGCUUCCAUCUCUACGCGGGAGUGACCUGGGUGGUCGCGUGGUGUUUGUCAGUUCGGGUUCUGCGACCAAAGGGACACCUUCCAUGGGUCCUUACAAUGCUAGCAAGGCUGCAAUGAACAGCCUAUGCAGAACAUUGGCCGAAGAAGAGCCAUCUGUGACUUGUGUGGCCAUGCGUCCAGGGACUGUAGACACUCAGAUGCAGACGCAGCUGAGAGCAGGUGCAGAUACCUUAGAGGACAAGGUGCACAAGAUGUUCAUCGGCUUGCAUGAGGACAAGAAGCUCAUCAAGCCUGAGCAAUCUGGAUAUGUGAUCGCCGCGCUGGCGGUCAAGGCGUCGAGCUCGAUGAGUGGCAAGUUCGUAAGCUACGACGCGGAAGAAUGCAAGGAUUUCAGGAAGUAAUGUCCACCUCAAGGGGAGAGGCGAGUGUAUAAUCUUAUGUUUUCGAUUAUAUCAAUAUUAUCUGCACCCUG